CCGGGCGCCGGGCGACUCCAUGGACCGAAACACCGCGGCCUCCGCGCCCCGCCCCGAGUGGGCAGUCCCGUUCUCCUGUCCCGCAGCCCUCGCAGCCUCGGCCGGCCGCCACGCAUUACCAUGGUGACUGUGGGCAACUACUGCGAGGCCGAAGGGCCCGUGGGCCCGGCCUGGAAGCAGGAUGGCCUGAGUCCCUGCUUCUUCUUCACGCUCGUGCCCUCGGUGCUGAUGGCGCUGGGGGCCCUGGCCUUGAUGCUGGCCCUUCCCUGCAAGCGUCGGGAGCGGCCUGCCGGCGCCGAAGCUCUGCCUUGGGGGGCCCGCCCUCGCGUCCUUCCGUACAUGCUUCAGCUGCUUCUGGCCACGUUUCAGGUGGCGCUGCCCCUAGGCGGCCUGGCUGGCCGGGUGGGCACUGCCCCGGGCUCCUUGCUGCCAGGUUACCUACUGCUGGCCUCGGUACUGGGGACUCUGGCCAGCGCCUGCGGCCUGUGGCUGCUCGUUGUUGAACGGAGUAAGGCACGGCAGAGACUGGCAGUGGGCGUCUGGAGCAGGCCCGGGCACAGCCCGGGUCUCCUGCUCCUCUGGACUGGGACGUUUGCAGCCGAGAACUUGGCCCUGGUGUCUUGGAACAGCCCUCAGUGGUGGUGGGCCAGGGCGGACUUGGGACAGCAGGUUCAGUUUGGCCUGUGGGUGCUGCGGUAUGUGGUCUCUGGGGGCCUAUUGAUCCUUGGGCUCUGGGCCCCUGGACUGCGUCCCCAGCCCUACACCUUGCAGGUCAAUGGAGAGGACCAAGAUGUAGAGAGCCUCCAGGUUCCAGCGGCAGAGGGGGCACCACAGGGGGCACCACGGUCGACCUGGCAAGACCUGGGCAGGAAGCUCCGCCUACUGAGUGGCUACCUGUGGCCUCGGGGGAGUCCAGCUUUGCAGCUGGUUGUGCUCAUAUGCCUGGGGCUCAUGGGGCUGGACCGGGGACUGAAUUUGUUGGUCCCCAUCUUCUAUAGGGACAUUGUGAACUUGCUGACCCAGAACGCCCCUUGGAGCGCUGUGGCCUGGACUGUUACCACCUAUGUCUUCCUCAAGUUCCUCCAGGGCGGUGGCACUGGCAGUACAGGCUUCGUGAGCAACCUGCGCACUUUCCUGUGGAUCCGGGUGCAGCAGUUCACAUCGCGGCAAGUGGAGCUGCGCCUCUUCUCCCACCUGCAUGAGCUCUCGCUGCGCUGGCACCUAGGGCGCCGCACAGGGGAGGUGCUGCGAGUUGUGGACCGGGGCACAUCCAGCGUCACAGGGCUGCUCAGCUACCUGGUGUUCAAUGUCAUCCCCACACUGGCUGAUAUCAUCAUCGGCAUCAUCUACUUCAGCAUGUUCUUCAACGCCUGGUUUGGCCUCAUCGUGUUCCUCUGCAUGAGCCUCUACCUCACCCUGACCAUUGUGGUCACGGAGUGGAGAAGCAAGUUCCGCCGGGCUAUGAACACACAGGAGAAUGCUACCCGGGCCCGGGCAGUGGACUCCCUGCUAAACUUCGAAACGGUGAAGUAUUACAAUGCAGAGGGUUAUGAAGUGGACCGCUACCGAGAGGCCAUCAUCAAGUUCCAGGGAUUGGAGUGGAAGUCAAGUGCUUCGCUGGUUCUGCUAAACCAGACCCAGAAUCUGGUGAUUGGAGUUGGGCUCCUCGCUGGCUCCCUGCUUUGUACCUACUUUGUCAGUGAGCAGAAGUUGCAGGUUGGGGACUUUGUGCUCUUUGGUACUUACAUCAUCCAACUGUACAUGCCCCUCAACUGGUUCGGCACCUACUACAGGAUAAUCCAGGCCAACUUCAUCGACAUGGAGAAUAUGUUUGACCUGCUGAAAGAGGAGAAAGAGGUGAAGGACCUUCCUGGAGCAGGGCCCCUUCACUUUCAGAGGGGCCAGAUUGAGUUUGAGAAUGUGCACUUCAGCUACACCGAUGGACAGGAGACCCUGCAGGAUGUGUCCUUCACCGUGAUGCCGGGACAGACUGUGGCCCUGGUGGGUCCAUCUGGGGCAGGGAAGAGCACAGUUUUGCGCCUACUGUUUCGCUUCUAUGACAUCAGCUCUGGCUGCAUCCGAAUAGAUGGACAGGACAUUUCACGGGUGACCCAGGUCUCUCUUCGGUCUCACAUCGGAGUCGUGCCCCAAGACACUGUCCUCUUCAAUGACACCAUCGCCAACAACAUCCGUUAUGGCCGCAUCACAGCUGGGAAGGAUGAGGUGGAGGCUGCCGCCCAGGCUGCGGGCAUCCAUGACACCAUUCAGGCUUUCCCCGAAGGGUACGAGACGCAGGUGGGCGAACGGGGACUGAAGCUGAGCGGUGGGGAGAAGCAGCGUGUUGCCAUCGCACGUGCCAUCCUCAAGGCCCCGGACAUCAUUCUGCUAGACGAGGCAACAUCAGCGCUGGAUACAUCUAAUGAGAGGGCUAUCCAGGCUUCUCUGGCCAAAGUCUGUGCCAACCGCACCACCAUCGUAGUGGCCCACAGGCUCUCAACCGUGGCCAACGCUGACCAGAUCCUUGUCAUCAAGGAUGGCUGCAUCGUGGAGAGAGGACGGCACGAGGCUCUGUUGUCCCGAGGUGGGGUGUAUGCUGACAUGUGGCAGCUGCAGCAGCAGGCACAGGAAGAAGUCUCUGAAGACACGAAACCCGAGACCAUGGCACGGUGACAAAAGUUGUGGCCACUUCCCUGCCGAAGACUAACUCAGGAUGUGUCCCUUUCCCUGGCAUAUUGCAUCCUGGUUUGGGGUAUGGUGCUAGCCUUAGUGAGGGGAAGGGAUCGUUCAGGAGAAACCCUCUUAGAGGAAAUAAAAGUGUGACUGUGCUGUGA